UGAAGCUAUGUCCAGCACCAUCCGGCUUCCUGGCAUCCGUUGGGCAUCCGACGACGAUUACAUGCGCGUUUCACAUACUGCCCUGCUGAAUACCUCCUAUCCAUGGGCAUUACAUCCUAUCCCGGCUGUCCAUACCCAACGCCGCGUCCGAAGUGUCUCACACCGGCCUCUGCGACUCCCACGUCCCCGUCAAUUCAGCGCCGCCCCUCCCGCAGCUGCGGCGCAUACUCUGACACGGCCCACGGCUCUCCUCCCCGGCACUUGGAAAGCGCAGGCUACCGAUAGGCUACGCGACCGCGUUCUGCGCACGCCCCUCCCGGAUUUGUUGCAUCGGGGGCCGCGCUCACCAUGAAUAAGAGGCCGCACCACAAUUCUGUCGAGAGACGUUACAGCGCCUUCCGUAGCGUCGUUUCGCCCAUCCCACCUUCUCUACCUCCGCAACGCAAUACAUCAUGCAGAGCACCACCCCCCAAUCCCCUCCGGCGGUCCCAGGCGCUCCAACGCUCACUCACCUUUAUUCGCCCACCGUCGCGGAGACGAGCUUCUCUCAAGGGAUCUACUUCG